AUAGAUCAUGUAAUAAAAGUUCUAGAAAGAGUGAUUGAGAAAAAAGUUAGGAGUAAAGUGUUUAUAAAUGACACGCUGUUUGGUUUCAGACCGGGGAAAGGUACUACAGACCCAAUUUUCAUAGUUCGGCAAAUGUUUUGGAGGCUCUUUUGA